UAUCCGGGAAUCUUGGGCGACAGACCCACCGACAAAAUGGCGGCCCGGAACUGAACCCCCCAAAAAGGGGGAUAGAAAUUGAGGGGGGAGGGGACGGAGAGCCGCAGCCCUUCACACUAAACCGUGUUAGCUGCCGCAGGGAAUUCCCACCGUCGUCGUCACCUUCCUCCGAUUACCUGGGCUUGAGGCGCUGUCACCUCCGCCUUUCCCGCAGGCAGUUAAUAUCCUUCUAUAAGAACAUAGACAUGGCAGGUUGACUAUUAUUCUAUUCUCUUAGGCUUGAAUGGAUGUAUGUACUACUGGAAUCAAGAUCAGCUGUAUACUUUGAGGUUGCCAUCCAACUGAUUACAGUAUUAAGUAUCUUGAAAAUCUUUGUUAGAGAUUAUACGAGUUCAUGAAGAGAAGUGAGAAGCCAGAGGGAUAUAGACAAAUGAGGCCUAAAACAUUUCCUGCCAGUAAUUACACUAGCAGCAGCCAGCAGAUGUUACAAGAAAUACGAGAGAGCCUUAGAAAUUUGCCUAAGCCUUCGGAUGCUGCAAAAGUUGAACAAAAUAUGGGUAAAAUACCAACUGAAGAUCCCAGACAAGGUCGAAAUCCCCCUAAAUUUGUUACCUACCAUAAAGCUUUGCAAGAAAUUCGAAAUUCUCUGCUUCCUUUUGCAAAUGAAACAAGUCCUUCAACCAGAGGAACAUCAGAAGUUAAUCGUCAGAUGUUGCAAGAUCUACAAGCUGCUGGAUUUGAUGAGGAUAUGGUUGUGCAAGCGCUAAGACAAACCAAUAGCCGCAGCAUAGAAGCAGCCAUUGAGUUUAUAAGUAAAAUGAGUUACCAAGAUUGUCGCCGAGAACAAAUGGCAUCAGCGGCAUCUAGGCCCCUUACUACUGGCCCCAAGCCACCAGGAGGAGCAGUACAGCAAUCAGUUAUCCGUAGACAAAGCUGGAAAGGUUCUAAAGAAUCUUUGGUUCCCCAGAGACAUGGUUCUGCACUGGGAGAUGGCCUUACUUUUCAUUCAGAAAGCCCUAUUUCUCAAGCUGAAGUAGGAAGACCAUUAUCUGGGUCUGGAAUAGCUGCAUUUGCUCAAGUUCAUCCUGGUAAUGGACAAAGAGUGAACCCACCGCCUCCACCUCAAGUAAGAAGUGUUACUCCACCACCACCCCCUCCCAGAGGAACAACUCCACCUCCUCCUUCCUGGGAAGCAAAUUCUCAAACAAAACGGUAUUCUGGGAACAUGGAAUAUAUGAUAUCUCGCAUUUCUCCAGUACCUCCAGGAACAUGGCAAGAUGGGUAUCCUCCCCAGACUAUGAAUUCAUCAUCUAUGAAUUCUUCUGUGCAGGGACAAAGAGGUAUUAGUUCAGUUCCUGUUGGUAGACAACCAAUAAUCAUGCAAAGUUCAGUUAACAGCAAAUUUAGUUUUUCAUCUGGAAGGACUGGAAUGCAAAAUGGUAAUUGUCAAACUGAAUAUAUUGUUCAUCAAAAUAUUGUGCCUGGUAACUCAGCAAAUCGCCAACCACCACCUCCUUAUCCAAUAUCUCCAACAAGCCGACAAAGUCCUACACUUUUGCAGAUGCAAACAGGAGGUCCUGCGCCCCUUUCAUCAUAUCCUAAUGGGAACAUUUCUCAAUCUAUGAUGGUGCCAAAUAGAAACAGCCAUAAUAUGGAAUUAUACAACAUAAAUGUUCCUGGAAUUCCAGCAACCUGGUCACAAUCAUCCUCUGGAAGUGGACAUGACAUCCCAGUAUGGCAAUCCAAUAUUCCUGUAAGGUCAAAUUCCUUCAAUAACCAUGUUGGAAACAGACAAAAUCAUGCUGCAAAUUCACAACCUUCUGCUACAACUGUUACAGCUGUUACUCCAGCUCCUAUACAGCAGCCAGUAAAAAGUAUGCGUGUAUUAAAACCAGAACUGCAAACUGCCUUAGCUCCUACUCACCCUUCAUGGAUUUCACAACCAAUGCAAACUGUUCAGCCCACCUCCUUUUCUGAGGGGCCAUGUACAAUUAUGCCAGUCAUAUCACCUUCAGCAGAAGGUACGAAUUACCAAGGACCACCACCUCCUUAUCCAAAGCAUUUAUUACACCCAAAUCUAUCUGCCACCCCAUAUGAAGCUGUAACAAAGCCUGGCAAAGAAGAUCAGCCUGGGUUUCCUAAGGAAGAGGACAGUGAAAAGAAUGAGAACAGUGAGACAAUUGAUAGAGAAAAGAAGCAAAUAACAACUUCCCCUGUUCCUGUUAGGAAAAACAAGAGAGAUGAAGAAAGAAGGGAGUCCCGCAUCCAAAGCUAUUCUCCUCAAGCCUUUAAAUUCUUUAUGGAGCAGCAUGUGGAAAACAUACUGAAAUCUCAUCAACAGCGACUGCAUCGUAAGAAACAACUUGAAAAUGAAAUGAUGAGGGUUGGGUUAUCCCAAGAGGCCCAAGAUCAAAUGAGAAAAAUGCUGUGCCAAAAGGAGUCCAACUACAUCCGUCUCAAAAGAGCUAAAAUGGAUAAAUCAAUGUUUGUUAAAAUUAAGACUCUUGGAAUUGGGGCAUUUGGAGAAGUCUGCUUGGCAAGAAAGGUAGAUACAAACGCCUUAUAUGCAAAAAAAACUCUUCGAAAAAAGGAUGUACUACUUCGAAACCAGGUUGCUCAUGUUAAAGCUGAACGGGAUAUCCUUGCAGAGGCUGAUAAUGAGUGGGUGGUUCGUUUGUACUAUUCAUUCCAAGAUAAGGACAAUUUGUACUUUAUAAUGGACUAUAUUCCAGGAGGAGAUAUGAUGAGCUUGUUAAUUCGAAUGGGAGUCUUUCCGGAAAAUAUGGCCCGGUUCUACAUAGCAGAACUGACCUGCGCUGUUGAAAGUGUUCAUAAGAUGGGCUUCAUUCAUAGAGACAUAAAACCUGAUAACAUUUUGAUUGAUCGGGAUGGCCAUAUCAAAUUGACAGACUUUGGACUUUGUACUGGCUUUCGGUGGACACACGAUUCCAAAUACUAUCAGAGUGGUGAUCAUCCCCGUCAGGACAGUAUGGAUUUCAGUAGUGAAUGGGGAGAUCCAGCAAGCUGUAGAUGUGGAGAUAGACUAAAGCCACUUGAACGUAGAGCAGCACGUCAACAUCAGCGCUGUCUAGCACAUUCACUUGUUGGGACACCAAAUUACAUUGCACCAGAAGUAUUAUUACGAACAGGAUAUACACAGCUGUGUGAUUGGUGGAGUGUUGGAGUGAUUCUUUUUGAAAUGCUAGUAGGUCAACCUCCCUUCCUAGCACAAACACCAUUGGAAACGCAAAUGAAGGUUAUCAAUUGGAAAACAUCACUGCACAUCCCACUGCAAGCAAAACUAACUCCAGAGGCAUCAGACCUUAUUAUUAAGCUCUGUCGAGGACCAGAUGAUCGCUUAGGCAAGAAUGGUGCAGAUGAAAUAAAAGCACAUCCAUUUUUUAAAUCUAUUGAUUUUUCAAGUGAUCUACGGCAGCAACCUGCUUCUUAUAUUCCUAAAAUUACACAUCCCACAGAUACAUCAAAUUUUGAUCCAAUUGACCCAGAUAAAUUAUGGAGUGAAGAUAAAGAAGGGAAUGUAAAUGACACACUUAAUGGGUGGUAUAAAAAUGGUAAACAUCCUGAGCAUGCUUUUUAUGAAUUCACAUUUCGAAGGUUUUUUGAUGACAAUGGGUAUCCAUAUAGCUAUCCAAAGCCUAUUGAAUAUGAAUACACUAAUCCUCAUAGAUUAGAAUCACAGUCAGAUGAAGAUGAUGAGAGGAUCAGUAGAGAAGUCCAAAACCGUGAUCUAGUUUACAUUUAAUAGAGAAGAUAAACAAUUUUUUUGAACUUCUCAAAUCUAUUCUGUGAAAAAAAUAUCUGAGAUGGUGUUGGAAAGCUGAUUCUGUACCUAUCUGGGUUGGGUAAUGUUAAUUGUUCCCAUUUUUUUCCAUGUAAUUCUUCUCAUAACAAAACAAGUCCUUUUUCAUCAUUAAUUUAUUCCAUUAUUGUUAGUGAUUAAUAUAGAAAAUAGUAAUAUUAGGAAAAAUAAAUUAUAAAUUUGAGCUUUUUGUAAAUAGAAAAUAGUGAUUUCUUUUAGGAAAUGAGAUGGCUAUUUUUAUAUAAACCACAACCAUUACUUUUUUCCAGAAUUUUGUAAUGGUUGCCUGUCUUGCAUUAGCUAAUCCUUGGUAAACUCACAGACACUUUGUCUAGUUGGGCAUAUUAUGAAGUACCAUAUAUAUAAAGCAAAGAAGGAUAAGGUCAUUAGUUCUUAUGAGGUCUGGCUGUAGAACACAGCUGCAAUCUAAAAUUCGUGAAAUGACUAACCAUUGAAAAUAGUGUCUCUGUCUUCAUUAAAUAUAAAUAAGAUUGCACUUUCCGACUAUCUGUAUUCUGACAAUAAAUGAAUCAGCGUGUUGGAUUAUAAUUGUUUUCAAUUUUGCAUAACAAAUUGUAAUUGAUGGUUCCAUGCAGCAACUCAAAAUAGGUAGUAGAAAUGAAAAUAAUGGUUUAUCACAAAAUUAAUGUUAAAGGCUUGAUUUUAGUUUUUGUGGUUCUCAUCCUGCAAAUUUUGACAAAACAAGAUUAACAAUAUUUGGAUCCCCAUGAUAUCUAACUGCAAAAUCUCUUUUAAUAACUUUAUUGCAUACUGUCCAGCACUCCCAAAUUACUAGUUUAGAAUAAAUCCAGCCUAUGUUUAACAGGGGUUAUUUAUAAUUUACAUCAUUUUUCUAUUCUGAAUCAGUGCCCUGAAAUUUUUUUUAAAAGCUGCAAUUUAUGCAUCUUUUGCUAUUGUAGGCUUUUUUCCUCUACUGGCAAUACAAAAUAUUCUUUUUUGUUUACAGAUAUAUAGCAUAGCACUGUGUAAAUAUUUCAAGCUAUCCCUUGAACUCCUGUGUUAGUAUUCUUACACCUAAAGAAUCUCCAAGCUCCACAUUCUGCGCUUCCUAAUGUCAUAUUUUAAAAUAUGUGUAUUCUCUGUUUUUUUUAAAUGUUUAGAAAAUCUCUUUUUCCAGCCAGUUAUUUAUUGUUUAUUAUAUUUAUGUUGAAUGUUUCAUUGAAAAGAAGAGUGGUUUACAAGUAACUACUCAGUAACAUUCUAUCCAGCCUGUUUUUCAGGCAAAACACAUUUAAUUUCAGCAAUAGAAGAACUUGUGCCUUUGUAGCAGUGUCAGUUACUUUGCUUUUCUUUUGAGCAGAUUAUUGAAACAUAAGUACAGUUUAGACAAAUGGAAAAUGUGUGUCUUCAAAAAAAAUCUGUUUUCCAAAAUGUCUACUAUAUCAAUUCUGAUUCACACUUCAGCACUGUAUUUCUUACACGUAGUGAGCAUAGUAAACAGGUUAUGCACCUUUUCUCAAUCAGUAUGCUCUGUGCCCUCCUAUUCAUACACUGUUCAUACACUGUUCUGCAGACAAUCACAUAAUCUUGCUCCAAGCUACCACCAAAACAUAGGUUCUAUGUAUGGAGCUAGAAUGCAGACAAUGCAGUGUACAGUUAUAAUUUUUAAGAUUUGUUUGUUUUGUAAAAUAAGUCUUAUUUUAAAGAGGAUUGUCCUCGGUUUAAUAUUUAGGAUUUCCAGUUAAACUGGCAAAUUUUUAUUAUUAUAUUUGUCUUGCAAUGAAAUAUAAUAUAUUCCUGGUUAAAGCCAGAUAAAUCUAAUCUGCUAUUGGGAAACUGCUUUGUAAAUUUGAAAACAGAAUUUUCAUUGAUUAAGUUAUUGAAUACAAUCAAAAGUUAAGCAUAUACUAUACUGAAAUUGAUAGGUUUUUAAGUACACAGAUAAACAUCAGACACAUUAAUUUUCAUUGGAAAUUGAGGAAAGUUGAUUUUUCUGGAUAUGUAUGUAUCUGUUUUCAGCUAAGAAGUGAUAGUGUAAUAUUCGUAUAAGUAUAUUUUACAUUAAUUUUUUUUAAUUAAGCUUGUUAAUAUUUGUAUGCUGAGAAAUACAUGUGCUAUAAUUCUACUAGUUUGUAACAUAUAAAAAUACUGCCUCUGCAGGCCAUCCCAAAGAGAUGAAAGUUACUCAGUUUUGGUGGAGGAGAGUGUUAAAUUAGGACAGCUAAAAUUCAUACCUUGAAAAACUUCAUGUAAUAAUACGUUGGUGUGAAUUUAAUGUAUUGCAAGCCUUUUUUAGAAUGAUUCUUUUUCACUGAAUGAAAACACUAGUGUAUUCUAACAUACCUGUAAAUUGUCUUGGAAAACAAAACAUUCUCUAUGACCAAUCGCGACUAUUAUUCUUGCCUAUGACAAUUCAUUUUGUGCAUUUCUAGGAUUUCUCACAUGCAGGAUUUUUUACACUUCAUUUUAAAGUAAUCUCUAGUAUCAAUCCAGGGUAUAUUGUAGUGUGUGUUGUUGCAUUUAUCUUUGUAUAUAUUUCAAUUCUUCUGGGGUUUUUCGCAUUUAAGAUUUGCAGCAUGUUCAAAUUCAUUUUUGCAAUGGAAUUGAACAAAAUACAAAUAAUAGCUCCACAUUUGGGUUUUGAAUAAACUUAUUUUCAAUUAAACAUAAAACAAUGCUUUGCUCUUCUAAUAUAUACAUAUGCACUGUAUUUAUAAAAUGUUGUAUUAUAUUAUUGUCCUGUAAAUAUUGGUAUACUGUUCUCUUACAUUCCACCCUAGGGCAGGCCCUUUUACUGGAGCUUUUCUACCAUAUUUGUAGCAGAAACUGUAGAAUGUAUGAUUAAAGCUAAUUUGAAACUUUAAAGCAAAUCUGCAUUUCCAGUGUACAAAGCUGUGAUGAAAAAUAUGUUCUUGGGACUUUGUUGAUACAUCUAGAAAACGUAGUGUGAGUGAAGUAAUAGAUGCUGCUUUUAUCCCAAAGUACUAUUAAAUUCUCUCUGCAAGUAUGUCUGUUUUUUGAAAUGAGACACUUGUUGCAACGUAAUAUUUGAAUCUAAUAGUAAAUGGAGUGCCUUCCUCUGAAAGGUGCUGUUCAAAAUUAGCUUUUAUAUUGCAUUUUUAUAUAUGCUUUUUAUAUUACAAAUACUCUGCUGAUAAAUAUAAUUUUUAUUUUUAGAAAAGCAGUGCUUUGGCAUACUAUAUACAUGCAUCAACUCUGCAUAUUUUUGCUUGUAAUAACUGAUAGAUUAAAUUUCUGGAGUGUUGUACAGGUACAUUUACAUUUUGAAAUAAGUUUUCUUUAGUGUACCAUAUGUUAGGAUAAUAAAAUUUAAGUUCAGUGACUAAGUUGACAGAUAUAAUUUAUAAUGUUAAAAAAUGUGAGAGUUUGAUCUUCUGUGAUGAGUGGGAAUACAAAAUUCAUAUUUACUUCAUGGUAUGCUACUUUUUCAUUAUUGCCUGACCCAGUCAUAUUUUCUAAUUACAUUAAGAGAAAAUUUACAAGGUGGUAUAAACAACUUGGUAAUCUAAGAAAGACACUAUAGUGUAGCAAGUUGGAUGUAAUUUUA